AUGAUCGGUGCCGAUGGGCAGGCCAUUAAAGACUUAUCAGAUAUCUUAACUGGAUUACCAAUAACGAGUUUAUAUGGUGAAAAACUAGCUCCAUCAGAAGCAGACUUUACAAAUCUUGACAUCCUACUUUUCGAUAUACCAGACGUGGGCAGUCGCUUUUAUACUUAUUUGUGGACGAUGACCUAUGUGAUGGAAGCUGCAACAAACUAUAAUAAACCACUAAUGAUAUUGGACAGACCCAAUCCCAUUUCCGGCAAUCUUCAGUUGGCUGAAGGUCCAAUGCUUGACACGACUACUGCAUCUUUUCUUGGUCGAUGGCCACUACCUGUACGACAUAGUUGUACAUUGGGUGAACUGGCACUUUAUUUCAAUACUACACAAAAUAUAAAUGCUCACCUGGAAGUGAUACCAUGCUCAGGAUGGAAUCGGAAUAUGUUUCAAACAGAUUGGCUUCUGCCGUUUGUUCCCACUUCUCCCGCAAUAAAGUGCUUCGAGAGCAAAGGAAUGGAAACGAAAUUUGUUUGUGUGAUCAAAGCGAUUGAGAAUCGACGAUUACGAUGGAAACGAGCAACAGUCGGAGACUUCAAAGUUGCAGAUGCAGUCGAACUUGCAGGAGAACGUAGUUGA